AUAAUAAUCUGUCUUUUGAACAAUUCAAUAUUGUAAAAAAAAGUUUGUAUUAUAAUUAUUGUUUUACGAUUAAUCGAUCGAAAUAUUUUUAUACAAUGGCGUUAAGAAGAAUAUUCAAGACCCUGCAGGUAUCGGCGAACAGUGGUAUCCAGAAGAAAUUCUUUCACACAUCUCCGGCCGUGUUUGGAGCAAAAAAAAUGGUUACGAGCAAUUUAGGAAAUAGGAAUAGUUGUUUAACUAAAAGUCUUAAUGGAAGCUGUACCAACUCAAGGUAUGAGGAUAUGGCAAGAUGUGCCUCUAGAGCCAAGGAAGCCUUAGAUCGUGGAUUUAAAUUCAGGAUUCCGUUUAAUGUUACUCCUGGAUCGAAACAAAUUAGAGCAACGAUUAAAAUAGAUGAAAUGGCACAAACAUUGAGAGAAUUUGGCGGUACUGUAUUAGCUAAUGCAUGUGGUCAAUUGGACUGCAAUGAUGUUAAAAAAGGUGAAAAAAAUACCAUUCUAAAUUCACACAACAAAAAAGAAGUGGCUAUGAGCAAGUUCGACACCAAGCCCUUACCAUACGAAAUCUUAGAAAAGCGUUUAAAAAUUGUUGCUGAUAGAUUAGGAAGGCCAUUGACCUUAACGGAAAAAAUAUUAUAUUCACACUUGGACGAUCCAGUGGGGCAAAGUAUUGAGCGUGGUGUGUCAUACCUCAAGUUGAGGCCUGAUCGUGUGGCAAUGCAGGAUGCCACUGCUCAAAUGGCUAUGUUGCAGUUUAUAUCCUCAGGUUUGCCAAAGGUUGCCGUUCCAUCCACUAUUCAUUGUGAUCACUUAAUUGAAGCUCAAGUAGGUGGAGUUGAGGACUUGAAAAGGGCUAAAGAACUGAAUGAAGAAGUUUAUAACUUUUUGAAAACUGCCAGUGCAAGAUAUGGGGUUGGUUUUUGGCACCCUGGAUCUGGAAUUAUUCAUCAAAUUAUCCUGGAAAACUAUGCUUUUCCUGGAUUAUUGAUGGUUGGUACCGACUCCCAUACACCUAAUGGCGGUGGACUUGGUGGCUUGUGUAUUGGAGUUGGCGGUGCGGACGCUGUUGAUGUGAUGGCGGAUAUUCCUUGGGAACUAAAAUGUCCUAAAGUCAUUGGUGUUCGUCUAACAGGAAAGAUGACUGGUUGGACUACACCAAAAGAUGUGAUCCUUAAAGUUGCUGAUAUUUUGACCGUCAAAGGAGGUACCGGUGCUGUAAUUGAAUAUCACGGACCUGGAGUAGAUAAUAUAUCAUGCACAGGUAUGGGUACUAUCUGUAAUAUGGGUGCGGAAAUUGGAGCUACUACUUCAUUGUUCCCUUUUAAUCACCGAAUGGCGGAUUAUUUAAAAGCUACAUCUCGUGCUGAUAUUGCUGAAGAAGCAGCUAAGUAUAGUAAGCCAUUAUUGACUCCCGAUAAUGGCUGUCAGUAUGACCAGUUAAUUGAACUUGAUUUAACAACAUUGGAACCUCAUGUCAAUGGACCUUUCACACCUGAUCUUGCCCAUCCUAUUUCAAAGUUAGGAAAUAAUGCCAAGAAAAGCGAUUGGCCAGUAGAAAUCAAAGUUGGUCUUAUUGGAAGCUGCACCAACUCAAGCUAUGAGGAUAUGGCAAGAUGUGCCACUAUAGCCAAGGAAGCCUUAGAUCAUGGACGUAAAUCAAAAAUUCCAUUUAAUGUUACUCCUGGGUCUGAACAAAUUAGGGCAACAAUUGAAAGAGAUGGAAUUGCACAAACAUUGAGAGAAUUUGGCGGUACUGUAUUAGCUAAUGCAUGUGGUCCGUGUAUUGGUCAAUGGGACCGCAAAGAUGUUAAAAAAGGUGAAAAAAACACCAUUGUAAGUUCAUAUAACAGAAACUUUACUGGACGUAAUGAUGCCAAUGCAGCAACUCAUGCCUUUGUCACUUCUCCGGAGCUAGUUACUGCUUUAGCCAUUGAAGGUCGUUUGGACUUUGAUCCUACAAAAGAUUCGAUCAAGGGUGCUGAUGGUAAAGAAUUUAAAUUAAGUAAUCCUUUCGGUGACGAAUUACCCGCAAAAGGAUUUGAUCCAGGUCAAGAUACUUACCAAGCUCCACCUGCUGAUGGAUCAGCUGUUAGUGCAGUAGUAGACCCUAAAUCCAAUCGUCUUCAAUUAUUGGAACCAUUUAAACCUUGGGAUGGAAAAGAUUUGGUAGAUCUUACUAUACUUAUUAAAGUGAAAGGAAAAUGUACAACGGAUCAUAUUUCUGCGGCCGGCCCAUGGUUGAAAUAUCGAGGUCAUUUAGAUAAUAUAUCAAAUAACAUGUUCUUAACUGCAACCAAUGCAGAUAAUAAUGAAAUGAAUAAGGUAAAAAAUCAAUGUACUGGAGAAUGGGGUUCAGUACCAGACACAGCCAGAGCAUACAAAGCUGAAGGUAUAUCAUGGGUAGUGUUUGGUGAUGAAAACUACGGCGAAGGAAGUAGCAGAGAACAUGCUGCUUUAGAACCACGUCAUUUGGGAGGACUCGCGAUCAUUGUCAAAUCUUUUGCCCGUAUUCAUGAAACCAAUUUGAAGAAACAAGGAUUAUUAGCUCUGACAUUUGACGAUACUAAGGAUUACGAUAAAGUUCAACCAGAUGACAAAGUGUCUUUGGUUGGACUUGACGAAUUUACUCCUGGCAAGCCUUUGACUUGCAUAUUACGGCACAAUGAUGGAACUUGUGAAGAGAUAUUACUAAAUCAUACUUUCAACACACAGCAGAUACAAUGGUUUAAAUCUGGAAGUGCAUUAAACCGAAUGAAGCAACUAGCCGCUACUAUGGGCAAUCCGUAGUACAGGAUCCUCCGAAACUUAGGUUAAGUUUACUCAAAAUUACUCAAUAUAUGCAACCCAGGUAACACAUAUUAACCUAACUGAAUCACAACCGACGUCAGACCCCACACGUGACCGAUAUAUAUUUUACCCCUUCACCAUAAAAUACAUUAACCUCACCAUUACACCCGCCUUUGAAGAGAAAUAAUAUACAUAAUAUUCUGAUGCACAUUUGUAUCGACUAAAUCAGACACUUGGCCGACAUAUAUUUUUACCCAGUCCAAUCAAUUCUAUUAUCACCCCUUUUAUUUAAACACUCACACCCGCACACAACAUAUAUACUAUCACAUACAUACAACAUAAGUAGGGUUAGGUUAGGUUUUUCGGUCCCCAUGUUGCGAUGCCACAAAAAAAAAGGUUAGGUUACAUCACACGUAUAACAAUCAAACAUAUUUACUAUUAUACAGUUAUCACAUUGGUAUUAUAAUUAUUUACGAAUAAGCGCCUCGUUAAAGCAUACGUUAUACAAAGGACUGUAUCACACACACUCACUACAAUUUACAUAGUAUUUUAUUCUUAUAUAUCAAUAAAACACAUCGUUAGCAUACCAAAAAUCACGUAUUCAUACAAUUAUACAAAUACAUAUAA